AUGGGUGCAGCACAUCAUAAAGCUUCCGAAGACCUUGGAGAAACUAUCUUACCUAUUGGUGUCACAGAAGUCGAUCAAUUUUUCGCUAGUUCCAAUAACUACGUUAUCUUAGUUCGAAAUUUAAAAAGCGCUUUAGAUAAACGAUUAAAAAAAUUUGAUCAUUUUCAAACGCAUAGUCUUCCCGAUGAUUGCUAUGAAUCUUUUAAGAUAUCACUGACUUAUUUUGUCGAUCAUUUACCGGUCCAUGAAGUUAAAAUCGAAGAAGACGGCCAAAAUGGUGGUUUACAGCUUAUUGCGGACAAUAAGAGACUAUUUGGCAAUAUGAUCGAUAUCCACCAAGCUUUGCAACAAUUAUUAGAAAUAUCGCGUAAUGUUACUGAUCAUACACCAGAAUUUAUCGAUAAGUUGAAGGAAAUUAUUAGCGAUAGUGAAGAAUUUGUUGCCAAUUCAAGAACUUUAGCCCAUCAAGCUGGCUUGAAAGAGGAAGAUAUAAAAAUUGCAUCUAAUCGGUUUAUUAACAAUGUUAAAAUUAUUAAUCAAUCAUUGGCUGACUGUUACAUCAUGUCUGAGUGUGCUAAACACAUUAACCGUGAUGUAAAGUUACAUAUUGGUAAAGUUUAA